AUCUUAUCCGCUCCACGCACCUCCAUCAGCGACCACUUUUGGCUGGCUCCUCUCCUUCGCCUUCCCUCCUGCGAAGCACCGCAUUUCACGCGUGCUUUGAUCAGCUUCUUGCGAAGCGAGUCGCUUCGAACUGCGGAGACACUACGCCCCCUCCCGCCACGCCCCUCACCACCCACGUAAUAGUCGUAUCUUUGGACGUCCGACAGCUCGCCACCCUCAUAGCACCCAAGACGCGGCUCCCAUUCGCCGCCAUGGACGGCGCCGCCUGCGACGAUGACACCAUUCUCCUGCUCCUACCAGACGGCGGCGUGCGCAUGUUCUCCGCCGCGCGCCCCGGCGACCCGCCGCUCCUCGCCGCCGACAUCCUCGCGGAGUUCCCCGCCUGCCGCGUCUGCCGCCUCGACUCCCCCUCGUCGCCAGGCCGCUCCGCCUGCCUUUCCCCGCGCGCCGCGCUCCGCCCCGGAACCACGUACUUCCUCGUCGAGCCUGUAAUGGGCCGCGAUUUCUGCGGCCUGGACCCCGUUACAAUGGAACCCAUUACAAGUUUCGGCCCUUGCGUGGAGUCUGCCUAUCGACCCAAGAGCGCCGGCGGCGCCGCGGGGCAGUUUCCCGACUUUAUGGAGACUUCGAGAGGCUGUUUCCCCACAGGCGCACCACAUGGGUUUUCCCACUCCAGAAAUCCUAGCACCAGCAGCAGCGGGAGCAGCAAUGCGAGCAGCAACAGCAGCAUCAGCAGCAAUGGCGGAUCCGGUGGAUGCGGCGGCAGCGAAAAGAGCUCCGGACCUCGGCGACUGAUUCGCGGACUCACGUCUCCCGCCGCCGCAGGGGGAACCGCGCCGCCCGCGCACCGUUCGCAAAGCUUCCGCCCUGCCGCUUCGCCUUCCGACGCGCCCGAGCCGUUCGACAUGACCGCUGCCGCGGCAGCCGCCGUGGCAUGCGGCGGAAAUGGCGCGUCUCCCCUGUCGCCUAUGACGGUCUCCUCGGGGCCUUACAUCUCGCGCGCCGCUUCGUGGUCCGCCGCCUCCGCCGCCUCCCCUUCCGGCUGGGCGGACGCCUGCGACGCCGCGCUUAACUACGGAUCCGCGCACGAUUUUCCCCCCGCGCGAUCGACCCUAGACCCGCCGGAAUUUCCGCCAGUGCGGUCGCGCCACGCGUCGGCGGAAGACGCGGCGUUUGAGUUUAUCAAGCAGCACAACGCGACGACGUCCUCCGCGAGCCGGCGGUUCCAGCGCGCGCCGCUCUCCCCCGCGCCUCUGCCCCCGCGCUGUUCCGCGCAGCAGCAGCAGUCCGCGCGAGAGCAGCAGUCAGCAGCAGCUGUGCUGGGCGCAGGCGCUUCCGGCAGGCUGGGGGUGCAGCGGAGCAGCAGUACGCGCAAUAAGAUCGUCUCGCUUGAAGACAUUGUGUACGGGCGGGUAACAUCAUGAGCAAUCUGCACCACCGACUUUCGGUCGAAUAUGGCAUCCUGCUCCCACUCUGAAGGGGUGCACUUCGCUGCUCCGCUCAGUAGGUGUGAUUUUAUCCCCGUUUUCAACAGGCUGCCUCCGGUUAAUGGUCCAACGGGUGACCAAUGUGUGUACAUGUGUUUUCCCAAGGGCGUGGCACAUCCUAAUGGAUUCCACACCACCUUGGUUGUGCAGUGUUUGUCUCCAGGCGUUGUACUCGCCCGAGAGCUUCUGUCGCUGCACAUCUGUAACCACGAAUGAUAUGGCUUGUUCACUCACCAGCUUCUCUCAGCUACCAGUAGGUAAUUCCACAAUCUGUCAGCUUUGCAUAAUGGACAAACCAGUAAAAACCAUCACUACGAGCAGCCAGUAGCAAUGGAAGAGAUGUAUCCCCAGU